AGUCACAGUGCUGACCCGGAAGCGUUUCAGCGUUGCACAAUGCAGUGUUACAUGACCUGACGGGGGUUGCCGGAGAAGCGGGUUGUGUGGAGAUGUCCAUUAGUCCGACAUGUCUCCAUCAGCAGGACGAGCUCUCAUUGGUUUCACCUCUAGGAUCCUUGGUAGAGGAAUGCGAAUUAAAAACGCGUCGGCUUCCGUAGGUUUGAGGUCGCUAUCGCUGACCUCUGCGGCGCCGGCCAGGUCCAAACCGUCGUCAGACAACGAAGCGGUCAGCAGCGAACCCAUCAAGUUCUCCACCAGCAAGGCCAGCCACCGGACCUGGAGGGUGGACCGGUCCCUGGGCAGCCAGCACGAGCGGCCCUGGUGGAAGGUGGUGCCCAUCAGCCUGGCCUUCACUGCCUUCCUGCUGUGGUGCAUCAUGAGGUCGGACACGGACAUCGACACUCAGCUGGAGAAGCACCUGUACGAACAUUUACCUGGCCUGGAGGAGGACGAGGAGGAGUGAUGGUUUAUCA